AUGAAAAAUUUUGAAAGCGCUUAUGUAAGCCUUAAACAAAUACUACUAAUCGAUACAGCUAUGAACGAAAGCGACACGAUAGAAGUGAUAAAGGCAGUAUUUAGAAUGGCGGAAUGGUGUGCUGAUCACUUGCGUGAUGUUGAGGGUUGGCGUAGUGCUGGUCUUCCCAUAUCAACUGCUUCAAACGAAUGCGCCAAACUAUUUGAUGCAGCUCUACGGCAAUUCGUUUCAUGGAGCGAUUGUAAACAACUGGGUGGACUUGAGCAGACUCUUAAGGAUAUGAACACGGCUGAUAAGACGGCAGUACUUCCUCGCAUUUUGUCGCUUGGUUUGGAAGCGAUUGGAACAGGUGUCAGUGUAAGGAGUAGUGAAAAAUUCAGAAAGGAACUUGAACAAUUACAAAUGGAUGCGAAAAAUUAUGGGAAUGAAAGAGAGAAAAUGCACGCCCAAGCUGUACAACAAUUCGGAGAAGGAAAACAAAGCGCUGCUGCGAAUACAUGGGAAGAAAUCCUUAAGAGAUAUCCAACUGAUCUUAUGGCAAUAAAAUUCGCACACGACACAUAUUUUUAUUUGGGUGAUGCAAAAAUGAUACGGGAUUCAGUGUAUGCUGUCCUACCAAAGCAUAAAGGAACAGAGCCGUGCUAUAGUUAUCUACAUGGUAUGCUUGCUUUUGGUCUAGAAGAAUGUGAACAAUAUGCUGAAGCUGAGAAAGAAGCAUUGAACGCCUUAGAACAGAAUCGAUACGAUUGUUGGGCAACCCAUGCACGUGCUCACGUGCUGGAAAUGGAAGGACGAUUCGAUGAAGGUAUUGCAUUUCUGGAAAGCACUGUCGAAGAUUGGAAGCCGGGAUGGAUGCUAGCUGCUCAUAAUUACUGGCAUAAUGCUUUGUAUUAUAUCGAGAGACACAAAAACUACGAAGUACCGCUUACAAUAUUCGACAAGGAGAUUUGUCCGCGAGCCGUUAAAAGUGGUGCGAUGCUUGAUAUUGUUGACGCUGUCUCAAUGUUAUGGAGAUUGGAACUGGAAGGUGUUGAUGUUGGGAACAGAUGGCGUGAUCUUCCCAUUCUAAGCGAACAUGUUAAUGACCAUGCGCUAUUUUUUAACGACAUUCAUAUGAGCGUAGCGCUUCAAAAAGGAGGAUACAAGGAUGAUGAAAUAAAAAUGUGGCAAAGUUUGCAGGAAUUUUCCAAAACUGUGGGUGACGAAUACGACCAAGCGAGAAUUUGUCGCGAAGUGGGCGUGCUCAUCCAUGAAGGGAUGUCACAGUAUAUUCUGAAGGAUUACGACCAAUGUGUCUCGCGCAUCUUUCCGAUUCGAGACAAGAUUUAUACUAUAGGUGGAAGUAAUGCACAACGUGACUUGUUCACACAAACCCUCAUUCAUGCUUGUAUCAAGUCAUCAAAUGCUGAGAUCUUCUCUAAAGCAACGACUCUUUUGGAAGAAAGGAAUGCUAUCAAAAAGAAUUCACCAAUCAGUGAACGUUUGGCCGUUAAAUUUAGACUCCAGCAUCCUAUAUAG